GGGCGCCGCUCGGGAAGCUGAUGCUGCGGCUGAAGAUUACCUCGAGCGGUCGCCUGACGCCCCGCUGUCGUUUGAUUACGAAGAGGAUUCAGGUAAAAGAAAUAAGUUACCGGUUGAAGAAGAAGAUGAAGAAAUCUGGCACGAACAAAGUAAAAAGCUCAAGAGCCCUCCAAACCCUACUGAUGACGAUGAACUACAAAACCAGGAAGAAGCACCCGUUCUGAAACCUAUAGCGAGUCGCAAAAACAGAAGACAUCGAACCCGUAUCAAAACUAAACAGUUAAACAGAGAAGAAAUAAACUAUAGACACAAAACAGCUUCAAAAGUUCGAAGACAAAAAAUAGAUAAGGACGCAAUAGAUUUUAGAAACGAGUAUUAUGCAAAGAAUCGGAAGCCGGAAGAGUCUGAUGAUGUUGACAUCAGAGAUACCACGGAAAGAGUAAUCAGAAGAAAACCACACGACCGAAGGAUAAAUGUAAGAAGAAUGGACGUGGACGAUGAAGAUGAUUAUGAUACAAAAACCUUAGAUAGGGACGACCACGAACAUUUCGCAAGCGAUGAUGAUGCUGAACAUCUAGAUAGCCCCAAGACAAAUUCUCCACGAUUCAUGGUCGAUAGGCCACCUCGGCCUAUGCCUGAAAAAGCCAAAAUCAGAACUAGGAACUACCCAGAGUACGACAAUUAUUAUUACGACAUUAGGAGAGUCAACGAUAUGAAAAAUAAAUUGCCCGUCCUACUUCGCAAAACACAAGCAAGCACCGUGGAACCGCCGAGGACGCGCCCCGUGCAAGACUUCACUCACCAUCGCGCCGAUCUUCCGGAAGCCCCUACCAGAAGCACCGCAACCACGGAAACCACGAUAUUCAUUAAACCAACUGACGUGGCACCUGUCACUAAUUCCCCGAGUGUUUGGAAUUCGACGGAAUUAUCUUUAGCGGAAAAAUCUAGGUUAUCAACUCUGAAAAAGUCUCAGAGGAAGGACGAGGUGAAAAACGUGUCUUUGACGAGUAAACCCCCAGCGUUGUUGCAAGUGACGAGGUGGCUGCAGACCCUGGUGAUGGCGGAACCCGCUCAACACGUUCGCUCACGAGCGAGGGAAGUGCUCGACGACUCACCCGAGAGACUCGCGAGAGCCAAGAAGCUGAUGCGCCAGAAAUUAUUUGCAGGUACCCGCAGCGUCCACGACAUUACUGACAACUGGGAUGAAAUGGUCUGUGACUAUAUCGACAUUUCUUUGCUAGAUGGAUCUACCUUGAUAUACCCUAAUAUUGAAUUGUUGUGUUUAAGUCUAAUAAUAUAUAUCAGCUUGUCUUCUAUAUAAUUUAUUUGAGUUUUUAUUAU